AUGCUUGCUUCAGAACUGCCGUUUGAGAUUUUAUCGCGUAUCGCUAACUUAGUGGUUUCCGGCGACAAAUUGGCUGGCUCUGUUACAUGUAAAGCAUGGAGAGCCCCUUUUGAAGAAGUAUUGUGGGGGAUCGUCAAUAUAACUACCCAAGAAAAGUUGGAUACCGCAUGCGGAAUGUCUCCAGGAGCAGAAAGAAUUUAUGGAUAUCGUAGAGCUUAUGUCCGAGAACUAAAUAUAUCUACAGCUAAUUUCUCUGAUGAAAAGGACCUUCUUACACUACAACAACGUUUCCCGAAUUUGCAGCGCCUUUUCAUUGACGAAGGUUGCCUUGGUGGCAUCCGUAUCGGGAAUAUAUCAAAUUGGAACCUCUGGGGAACCUUGACGAAGUUAAACAUUAAUUUAUCACAAGUAACAAAUCCAGAUGUCAAAACAGAACUUCUUAAGAUUCUGAAAAGCUUGCCACAUCUCGAUCACCUGGAAUCAGUUUGCAUAAGGAACUGCGAAUCAAUAUCUUUUACGUUGGAUGAAUUUGCGGAACUCAAUUCCUGUGUACAUGAACUGAAUACCCUUAUCCUAAGUGCCACCUGCCUUCCGCUCUCUCCGACUGAUGUGGCUCGAAUCCCCACAUUAAACCAACAGUCUAAAGUCAAGAUGAUAACAUUUUACGGAACACUUUUUGAUUCUCGAUGGAUUUGUUAUUUUGCGCGCAAGUAUCCUAAUCUGGAGAAACUGGCGUGGAUAAGCAUAGAUCAAGUUGAGACAUUAGAUCUACAUCAAGAAGAAACUAUUUCUAUCCUGAAAUCCCUUCCAAAUGUGUUUCAACACCUCAGCCAUAUCAGUAUCCGCACUACCGGGAGUACAGAACAACAACACCUAAUUUAUUGGAAUAUCCUUUCUCAGUUUAACAUCCCUAUCAAGGGUCUAACGCACAUAUUCUCUCCUCCUAUCAUCAAUAUCGAACUACUACAAAGUAUUGUUCAGAGCUCGACACAAUCAUUCUCGUCCACAAUCGAAACGCUCACUCUUCAAAGAGAUGAAAGAGGUUUCGAAAUCCAGGAGAUGACAACAACGAUUGUCGGGUGCCCGCAUCUUGUUGAUUUGAACAUUCAUAUUUGUGGCUCUGCUGUCUCAGUUAACGUCAUUUUAGAUCGGUUCCCAGCUCUGAAGAGACUCGAUGUUUUUAAUGGAAUCAUGAUUAAUUCUGGACAUUUAAACAACCAAUCUUUGGACCACGGGUUAAGAAUGGUCAAGGCAUCAAAAGGAAGUUUGAAUGUAUCAGCAUUUUCUUAUCUGUCCUUUAACUGCAAAUAUCUAGAGUACAUAUAUUUAGAUGGCAUGAUUGUAUUUGGUCCUAUGGAUGAAGAAUCGGGAAAGGUUGAGCUCGACAUGUCUUGGUCUAAUAUUCACCUCUUACGUUUGUACGAUAUCCGUUUCAAAGUCUCCCAAUCCAACUUUGAUAGUAAAAACUUAAUUAACCUAAUGGAAAUUCGGGAGAAAAGGCUUUUUUGCGAGGACAGCAAGGCAGAUGAAGGGGGACCAGCUUCGGAUAAUAGUACAAUGUGGUCGAAUUGGUAUCAUAUUUUUGGAGGCCUGGACGAUGAUCUAUUUGAGACAUGGAAUAUGCGACAGCUAUAUGAGCGCGAAUUCGGUGAGUCUAUCGAGUUCUUCGAUAAUUAUGAGCAUAAUAAAAAGGUUGGAGAUACAUCAGUGGAUUCCCGUGACAGUAAUGGACUGGUGAAAAUGGAUGAUUGGAGAAGCGAUUUUUAUCGAGGAAACUUUUCGUGGAUAUUCCAAUCCUUGAAUAGGAUAGUUUCUGAAGAUAUUAAUGUAAUCGAUACUUGUAUCUGGAAUCAAGUUUACGAUAAUUUAGAUUGA